UUGUAAAAGGCUUUGUCGGGUGUGAAGGGAGCGAUGGCGUGCAGGCGGGUAAAGAAACGUUAAGGAGCUGAAGGUGUGUGAUGUCGUUUUGAGCUAAUUUGACAGUGAAUGAACAGAAAUGCAGACAGGAAAGUUGUAGCGCUACAUAUCGACUUACUGGCCACAACAUUAGGUACCCUCUAAUGGGAUAACGCUCAGUCAAAAAAAUAUAAAUUUACAUUUAAUGCAUAUUUUGUCACUUUUAUGUUACAAAAUACGGUGUUAACCUGAAUAUAAGACAUAUUUUACCAAAUGGUUAGAAAAUAAUUUGUCCUCAAUUAAUCAAAGCGUGAACAGCCAUUGGGUUGCAGAGGGAGAACGUGGGAAAGUUGAACCAACAGUGCCACCAUGUGGCCAAAUGACACCAAGACAACUUUUUGACUUGUGUGGUUUAUAUUUGCAUUUAGGAUGAUGUAGCGUAGGAUAUAGCCAUAUUUAUUUGUUUACAUGUGACUAAUUGGUAUCAUCAUUUUUAAUUACUGUAUUGUUUACAUUUUGAAUAUGACAAUGUUUUUUAUUAAUAGCUAGAAAAUAGUCAUCCUAUUUAUAUAGCCCUUCAUCUCUGUGCCCUUAGUGUCUCAAAGGGCACUGUUGGCUCAAGUUUCCCCACCCUCGCCCUCUGCAACCAAAUGGCUGUUCACGCUUUGAUUAACCGACGACAAGCUUUUUUCCACAAGAAAGUAUAGCGUCAUGUUUCAUUGUCUGUUUACAUUUGCCUUGACAGCGGCUGCUUUACUUACAAUGUGACAACACAAUGCCAAAAUCAUUGUAAAACAAUAUUUAUCAUAAAUCUGGUUUUACUUCACCGAUUUUCACUAUUCAAUCAGCAGGCACAAGACAUUAAAACAAUGUUGAGAACUUAUUGAAUUAGGUCCUGACGUUGAGCAACUCAAACCUAACGUUGAAACAACAUGAUUUUUGACGACAUUUAAUCAAUGUCGGUUCUGACGUUGAUUUGACUAUUGAAAUGUGGUCAUUUUCCAAUUAAUAUUCUACAACACAAAUACAAUGUUUAAACAACAUACUAAUGUUUAUCUAAUGUCAGGUUGUGACAUUGAUUUGACCUUUGAAAUGUGGUAAUUUCCCAACCGACAACGUGGAUCCAACGUUGGACAUCAACGUUGUCUCAAUUUACAAAUACAACUAUUUUGCAACGUUGUUUCAAAGUCAGUUUUAAAGGACAUGUAUGUAUAAUCAACGUUGUAUCAAUGUCUUGUGGCUGCUGGGGUGAACUUUAAAGUCAACGCCACCAAUUAUGAUGCGCUUUAAUUUUCCACAUCCCUCUAUCCAUAUUUACAGUACCGUAUUUUUCGGACUAUAAGUCGCAGUUUUUUUCAUAGUUUGGCCGGGGUUGCGACUUAUACUCAGGAGCGACUUAUGUGUGAAAUUCUUAACACAUUACCAUAAAAUAUCAAAUAAUAUUAUUUCUUUCUUUCACGUAAGAGACUAGACGUAUAAGAUUUCAUGGGAUUUAGCGCAGGAGUGACAGAUUGUUUGGUAAACGUAUAGCAUGUUCUACAUGUUAUAGUUAUUUGAAUGACUCUUACCAUAAUAUGUUACGUUAACAUACCAGGCACGUUCUCAGUUGGUUAUUUAUGCGUCAUAUAAUGUACACUUAAUCAGCCUGUUGUUCACUAUUCUUUAUUUAUUUUAAAUUGCCUUUCAAAUGUCUAUUCUUGGUGUUGGGUUUUAUCAAAUACAUUUCCCCCAAAAAAUGCGACUUAUAUAUAUAUUUUUCCUUCUUUAUUAUGCAUUUUCGGCAGGUGCGACUUAUACUCCGGUGCGACUUAUACUCCGAAAAAUACGGUAUUUGUUUUCAUGCGACUAAUUGGUAUCAUCAUUUUUUAUGUAUGUAUUGUUUACAUUUGAGUAUGGCAUAGUUGUUUUGUUUUUUUAGAAAAAAACACAACAAAGCACCAUUAAUAAGAGUAGUUGUGCCUUCAUCUCUCCACAGGUGAUUAUUUUCUAUUUUAAUACUGUAGUAACUCUGGAAAGUGUGGAAACAAAGCAAUAUUAUUGUAGCGAGCUUCAAAUUUCAAAGGCCACAGGGUUUGGGAUUGGAGUAAGGGAAUUUGAAGGUAGAAAGACAGGAAGAAAUUAAAAGUGAAAGAGCAAGUAAAAUAAUGACAAAUAAGUAACUCAGCAGUCCACAAACUGAGGGUUAAGGAAAAUUAUAGGUAAAGAUAAAGGUUAUGAGGUAUUUAUUUUUCCAACAAAUAAAACGAAUAAAUGAAGAUGGUCAGUCAGCCUGCAGAUAUUGUUCUGCUAAUUUGGGAGGUGAGCUUAUUUAUUUAUUGACUUAUUUAUUUAUUGGAAUUUCAGUAUUUUAAGGCUUCCUUUUUAUGCAUUUUAGCAAGCUUGUUUAAAUACAUUUCUGACAAAGGAAAAAACAAUAAUUCUGACUUUUAUUUAAAAUAUGAAGGAGCUGUCCAAAUGAAGUGUUUUGUUGUUUUAAACGGUAUUUAAAAAAAAAUUAGAAUGUGUUCCAUGUUGCCGUCUUUAAUAAGAUGUUUGUAUGGUCUUUGCAUAUUUAAUUUGUCAAGCAUCACUGACUGUUCAACUGUUGUAACACACUGUAUUGUGUGGAUUUUAUCUGCAGUUAGUUUGUGUUUAAAAGCACCUUUUUAAUAAUCACUGUGACCUUCGAUAAUGUUUGAAUAAAUUAACAGUAUUCAAAUAUACAGGUGUGAAAAUGUUCUAUAAACAUUGGCAAAACAAAUAUAAGGAUUAUUUAAAUUUAUUUAUUUAAAUAUAAAAUAACGGUGAGGAAAAACGUUAAAACAUGGAAAACAUGGCACAAAGGUAUAAAAUAAGCAGUGGUGUGCCGUCAGGGCCAGCAAGGCCUUCUCUGCUGGCCUAACAUAACCAGAAAUCAUGAUCAUAAUUAAAGAUAAAAGCUAUUUUUAAUUUACUUUCCCUAAAUAUCUAAAAUUAUUCAUAUUCUGUUCAUGCAUGUUAUGCUCUUUCCAAUGCUGUUGUUUUUAGGUUAGAGUUUGUAUCCAAUCAGAAUUCAGAUAGCUUAUGUUGCCAUGCUGUACCAAAUCUGCCCGGGGCCUUCAGAAUCAACAAUUCAGGCGUCUGUGCACUGUAAGUGAACGGGGACAUAAAGUUCAUAGACAAUUGCCAUUGCCAAUCAGAUCACGAGUUGUUGUCAGUAAGGCCUUCUAGCUGGCAGAAAACAGAAAACUCACCGGUACUCACACAGAAGGAGAGCAAAAUGUUGAUUAGGUGGCAGAUAUACAUUUGCAAGGCCAUUUUCAAGAAGGAUACUUAAAAGAAACUACAUCUUGUGAGACGAGGUCGGCCGACACCGGAUGAAAUGGUUUGCCCGCGACUUUCACACGAAUCAAUCAGUGUCAAAUGGGUGCUACAAAUUGUGUGUUCAAAUAUUUUUCAUUGGCUCAUGUUUAAUUUGUUCCAUAUAAUUAUUUAAAUUUUGACAGUACCACAUAGGAUAUGUUUUAAUUGCUGAAGCAGGUUUACUGAAUGUUAAAUGCGCCAAAAAAUAGACCGUUUUGUACACUGUUGAUGGGGUUUAAUGACCAGUAGUGUGCAAGUGUUUUUCUGUAUAGUAUCUCCAGCCGUGUCCAUGUGGUGACAUCAAUUACGGUAUUUUGAGAGGUGAAGUCGGACUAAGUAGGACAUCACUGAAAGCCUAUAGGUGAGAAAUGCACGGCCCGCCACUGAAAAUAAGAACAUGUAUUCUGAAAGAAAAAAGCUGUGAAUAGUUAAAUUUCAUGUCAUUAUUUCUACUGUUGUAAGAAUCCGUACGUGAAGACAAUAAAGAAAUGAUUAUAUACAUUUAUAUUAUCAUUUAUUUACUAUAGCAAAUUGGAUUGAUUCUUAAAAUUGUAACUAUAAAGAAUAAUAAAGUAAACAAAAUAAUUAUAAUAAAGAAAUAAUGAUAUGGAAUGUAUAUGAUUAUUUCUUUACAAUCCUCAGUUGUUUAUUUCAUUUAAUAGUGGAAAUAAUUGAAAAAUUAACAAUAUUUAUUAUGAAUGAUGUAUUAUGAGAUAAUAUGAAAUAUUGAUAUGAGUUACUGUAAAUACAAGUCAUCUAAAUACUUUAAUAAUAAAGGUAGGUAUUUAUAUUGAACACUAGGUGGAAGCAUUAGGCCCAAUCCCAAUACACCCCCUCACCAUACUUUUUAGCCCUAUCCCUACAUUUGGCGCGUUCCCGUGAAAGUAGUAGUGCCCCAAUGACUCUUUGCAUGUAGGGGUAGUUGGCAUAACGAGGAGUUGGGGGUAUGAAUCUAGCCCUUCAGAGUGAGCCAUUUCAGAUGCUGACUUGCUCAGGCGUUGUAUUUCAAGUCAACUUCCAAUGAGCGAAAUGUGCUCGUUAUCUCCAUGUGUGGCGAUACCUGCGUCUGUGCUCGUAAUUCAUGCAGACCUUGGCAUGACAACAGAGGCAAGGUUUUAUGGUCCUUGCUGGCUUUCUCCGGGUUGCACAUUAACAAUCAUUGCAGGCACUCUGGAUGCACAGAAAAGGGGGAGAGAGCAGCAGAAAAUGGAUUAUUUCUCCUAGUGCAAGAAGAUAAAUGUGCACAAAAUGGGAUCAAGCAGAUGGUGUUUGUGGUGGUUGUUCACCUUCGGGACUCUUGUGGUGUCGCUUCGGAGCGUCCGACAUUGCCUGAGAGGGAUCUCCAUGAACGUGAUUCUGCUGGAUGACGAAGAGUCACCUUGGAGCUUAAAGUUUGUGAGAGGGCAAAUACUGAAGGCGUUAGAUUCCGAAUCUGGGGUUGAUGAAAACGGGGUGAGAUUUAAUCUCACGGCCAAAUUUGGUGGUUUUAAUACUACUUUCUAUGAAAAAAGCGGCUGCCCAAGUAGCACAUGUGAAGGAGUGGCCGAGUUAAGAAACCUGAUGUCUACAGGCAACUUGGGAUGUGCUGUGCUUGGACCCACAUGCACAUUGGCCGCUUUCAAUAUGGUUGAUGCUGAGAGGGGACUGAAACUGAGCACACCCAUCAUCUCAGCAGGCAGCUUCGGUCCCUCCUGCGAUAACAAGGUCAACCUCCAGCGCCUCCUGCCGCCCGCGCUCAAAAUUUCCGACUUUUUCGUCCACUUCUGGAAAGAAAACAACUCUAUCAAGCCGGCAUGGGAGACUGCUUAUGUGUACAAGAAGCAGAAUAACACGGAGGAAUGUUUUUGGUAUAUAAAUGCACUGGGGGCAGCCGAACACAUAUUUGCCAAAAGCGUGGCAAGAACAAUACUGCACACACCAGAAGACCUGCAAAAGGUUUUGUCGUCACACAGGACCAGGACAAGCAACUUGUUCAUCAUGUGUGGUUCCAUGAUGGAGGUUGUGGAGGUGAAGAAUCUCACCGCAGAAGCAGACAGCAGUGAAAUUCUCUUCAUCCUUAUUGAUCUCUACAACGACCAAUACUACAUCAACACAACGUCCCAGCCAUCUAUGAAGAAUGUGUUGGUACUCACCAUGCCCAACACCAGGAAUUACACCAUAGACCCAGACCUGACAAGCAACACCACAAUGAAUGACUACAUGGCUGCGUACCAUGACUCAGUGCUGCUGGUCAGUCGAGCGAUAAAGGAAAUAUCCCAAAAACCUCAUUCAGAGCAUUAUCAUGUUAAUGUAAAUUACCUCAGGAACACCUCCUUUGAUGGUAUUGCAGGAAACUAUCGGAUAGACAAGAAUGGAGACAGAGAUGUGAAUCUCUCUAUCAUUUACACCACCAAUAACAACAAGUUUUGCACCUUGUUUACCUUUGACACAGAGCACAGUCUGACCACAAUGGUUGAGACCAAACCUUCUUUCGUCUGGGGGAACAGACUUCCUGAUUUCAAGCCAGCUUCAGAAGGAGCAUCACUUGACACCGUCGUCAUAGUUUUGGGGGUGAUUGUGGUGGUCGUGGCCAUCAUUGCCUUCAUCUUCUACAGACAGAACAGGAGAGAUCGGCUGCUGAGGAAACGCUGCUCCGACUCCCACAUCCCCUCUGAACUUGUCACCCUGUUGGAGGACAACUCAUUGAACCAAGUUGUUCUGAAGAUUGAAAAUGAGAGGAAAAACAAAGUAUUUAAGAUCCGCCGUGCGCUCUACGACAAGAAGAUUGUCAUUCUGAAGGAGCUCAACCACUCAGAUGGAAACUUCAACGAGACACAGAAAAUGGAGCUUAAUGCUCUCUUGCAAAUCGACUAUAACAACCUCACCAAGUUUUACGGCACAGUGAAGUUGGAUGUGGGCGUGUUUGGGGUUUUUGAGUACGGUGAGCGGGGAUCACUUAGGUACGUGCUGAAUGACAAGGUCUCUUAUCCGGAGGAGACGUUCAUGGACUGGGAGUUUAAGAUCUCUGUCAUGUACGACAUCGCCAAGGGCAUGUCCUACCUGCAUGCCAGUGACAUCCAGGUGCAUGGACGCCUUAAGUCCACCAACUGUGUGGUGGACAACCGCAUGGUUGUGAAGAUCACAGACUUUGGUUGCAACUCCUUUCUCAAGCCUGGCAGAGACUUGUGGACAGCGCCAGAGCACCUCAGGAAGCAGGGCACCUCCCAAAAAGGAGAUGUGUACAGCUUCGCCAUCAUUGCUCAGGAGAUAGUUCUAAGAAAAAGUACCUUCUACACCGAAUGCUGCUCUAACCGAGCAGAAAAACUGUCCAAGGUCAUCAUGUCAUACUUCAGGCCAGAUCUAGACUUUGACACAGCUUCAGAGAAAGAACACGAAGUGUAUAUGCUGAUAAAAAGUUGUUGGGAAGAGGAUGCUGAGAAAAGACCUGACUUUAAGAAGGUAGAAAACUGUUUAGGCAAAGCCAUCAGUAAAAUUCACAACAAGGACAACGAGAGCUACAUGGACAACUUGAUUCGCCGGCUGCAGAUGUAUUCCAGAAACCUGGAGCACCUGGUGGAGGAGAGAACGGUGCUUUACAAAGCCGAGCGGGAUCGAGCAGACUGCCUCAACUUCAUGCUACUUCCUGGCCCCGUGGUGAAGAGCCUGAAGGAGACGGGCGGAGUGGAGCCUGAGCUGUACGACGAGGUGACCGUUUAUUUCAGCGACAUCGUAGGCUUUACCACGCUGUGCCAGUACAGCACACCCAUGGAGGUCGUCGACAUGCUCAAUGACAUCUACAAGGGCUUCGACAGCAUCCUGGACCACCACGACGUCUACAAGGUGGAGACAAUAGGCGAUGCCUACAUGGUGGCCUCCGGUCUCCCAAGGCGAAAUGGCAACAGACACGCGGUGGAUAUCUGCCGCAUGGCCUUGGACAUUCUGGCCUUCAUGGGCACCUUCCAGCUCCGACACCUGCCUGGCAUCCCUGUGUGGAUCCGCAUUGGUGUGCACUCAGGUCUGUGCGCAGCAGGCGUGGUGGGGAUAAAGAUGCCCAGAUAUUGUUUAUUUGGAGACACUAUCAACACGGCGUCCCGCAUGGAGUCCACCGGACACCCCCUGCGGAUACACGUCAGUCAGCCCACCAUUGAUAUCCUGACCAGGACAGACUGCAAGUUCGAGUACGAGAUGAGAGGGGAAACAUAUCUGAAGGGUAAAGGAACAGAGACCACCUAUUGGUUGACGGGUGAGACAGGAAAAGACUAUGAUCUACCAACUCCACCUACAACAGAGAACUUCCAGCGGCUCCAGCAGGACCUGGCCCACAUGAUCCUGGCUUGUCUGGAGUGCCGUUCCCAAGGCUCCGUGCGCAGAAGACGGACACUUUUAAGUGAAAGCCAGGACGACCGCACAGAUCGAGAACCUGAGGUGGAACCUCCGGAAUAUUUGCAUCUGGGCACUGUGGAUAACACCCUCAGCACAUUCUUGUGAGAUGAUAUCAGUAAAAAAUGAUAACAUCACCAAUACGACUUUAAAUUGGUCAUUUACUGCUAAGUUUGUCUUCCAUGAGAUGAACAAAGCAUUUGGUAACGUUGGCCAAAAAAGAGGCAAUACAUGACAAAGAUAAUACAGUGGUACCUCAACUUUAGAGUGUUUUGAGAUCAAAGUUGUCUUAUGCUUUAAUAUGCAAGCAAAAACGUUUGAGUUCCAAGCGUCCUCGGUCCAUGCAAAUGUCACCGUAAGAUCCAACCAAAACAUCUGGUCCUACCCACUAGCAUUAGCUUUUAGCUAAAGAUCGACAUAACUUUGUUUUUCCAAGGAUGGGAAGAAAGAAAAUGGAUGUGAAGGACAGUGCUGAGAAGAACUGGAUGAUAUUCAUUGAAUUGAAAAAAGAAAUAAUCAAAUGGAUGAUAUUAAUUGAAUUAAAAAAAUAAAUAAUCAAAAACAUGACAGAAAGUUUUGCCAAUUUGGCGAGGAAAUUUGAGCGUAACACUGCUAGCCAUACUGAAGCAGAAUGUGUCUUAACGUCAGCCAAGAAUGUUAAAAUAAUAUCAAAGCGGCAAACAUUUAUCCAUGAAAAUAUGGAGAAGUAAAAGCUGCAUAUUAUUACCUUUCUUCAUAAAACUACUGUCGUUGUUAGUACAUUCUUUUUAAAAGGCAUGUUACGUGUUAAAAUUGUGCUGUUUGGGGCGGGAAGCACCGAUGAAAUUGAUUUCAAUGGUAUUGUUGAUUUGAGAUACAAGUGUUUUGAGUUAAGAGCUCCGUCACAAAACCAAUUUAGCUCGUAAGUUGAGGUACUAGUGUACUUGUUGUGGUAAGAGUGUCUGCCCUAAGAUCGGGAGGUUGUGAGUUCAAACCCCGGCCGAGUCAUACCAAAGACUAUAAAAAUGGGACCCAUUACCUCCCUGCUAGGCACUCAGCAUCAAGGAUUGGAAUUGGGGGUUAAAUCACCAAAAAUGAUUCCCGGGCGCGGCCACCGCUGCUGCUCACUGCUCCCCUCACCUCCCAGGGGGUGAACAAGGGGAUGGGUCAAAUGCAGAGGACAAAUGGGCAUAUAACACAAGGGGUUUAUAACCACUUUUGUAUGACAUUUCGCUUCUUAUUUUGCAUUUGCAGCGAAAACAUUUUUGUCAAAAACUAUUUGCGCUUUAAAUACGUGACUUUUGAAAAAAGCCUGAAGUUCAUAGUUAGCACUUAUAUCAAAUGUUUGUUGCUUGUGAAAUCAUGUCAAAUAAUUAUAAAAGAAAUACAUAGGACAGCAUAUUUUUUAACCAGAGUCUUUUAUUUUGAGAGUAGUGACAUGUAUUUACACAAAAUACAACUUUUUUUUUUUCAGAAUGUUUCUCAGCUUGUUGUGUUGUAAAGUACAUUGAAGCUGUGACU